AGCGAGAGGGUUGGGGGGAGGAGGAGGAAACGGCUUAGGUUUGCCGUGCGUUGAGGGAGUACAUUUGGUAUUUUGUUGGUACCAUCACGCAUUUGUCAAAGGAAUAAUGAGGAACAUUUGGAUAAUGUUGACGCUUGGAUGGGCGGCCGUUCUUACGGGGGACAUGAAAUUUGUGACGGCACAGUCUCCAACUCCCGGGGACGACCUGUACCUGGAUGACCAGCAGUCAGGAGAUUAUCCUGUAGAUGAUGAUGAUUUCAAUUCGGGAUCUGGUUCAGGCAUUGGUGAGACCCCAGAAGAAAUGGCCACUGUGAACACGCUGUACAUCGCUCCAAAAGCAGAGCCAACUCAGGACUCCACAAAAGACUUUCCACCACCAGUGGAGACCACACCCAGAGACACAACUAGAAAACCCACCAGGACAGACGCCCCAGUACCCCUGACAGAGGAGACUCGGAGCAGGAAUGAGGGCACAAGCACCACCAGUCCUCCUCGCUCUGCUGUGGAGCCAUUUGAAGUGCGCUCUGAAAAUCUUUUCCAGAGAACGGAGGUCUUGGCAGCCGUUAUUGCUGGUGGAGUGAUUGGUUUCCUCUUCGCCAUCUUCCUCAUCCUGCUCCUGGUUUAUCGCAUGAGGAAGAAGGAUGAAGGCAGCUAUGACCUUGGGGAGCGAAAGCCCUCUGGAGCAGCCUAUCAGAAAGCCCCCACCAAGGAGUUUUACGCAUAAAACACCCGCUUCACAAUUUCUGAAAAAUAAUCAUAAAAGGAAAGAUACUCUAGAACUGUUGACAAUGAAAAACUUGUUAAAAUAAGGUAAAAUGAAAAAAGAAAUUAUUGGGGAAAUAUUACAUCAAGGAAAGCUUUUGCAUAGAGUAAUGUAAUGACCUCUUCUUUAAUUUCUAUUUUUUAAUACAGUACCCAACAGGGUUUAUUUUAUGAAAGAUCCCAUUGUAUUUAAACACUUGUGUAUUAUUUUAAAAGGUGAAAAGAAAGAAACAAUGUAUAAAGAAAAGGAAAUUGAUGGCAUUUUUUAGUCACUGACUACUUUUUAACUGUAGCAGUAUGUAUUUGUAAAGAAAAAAUUUAAGUGGAAAUAAUUGAAUAUAAUUGUUCUGUAUCCUUUUCCUUUCUCAUUUUGUCAUAGCAUGUCUGAAGUUGAUCUUAAAGGUGUAUUACAUUAAUUUAUCUGUUUUCAGAUGUUAAAAUUGCCUUUCUGUAGUUUUCAUGAAGCUGCGCUGUCUUUAUAUUAACUCAGAUAACAGCUAAUGUAAAUGGUAUUUUUCCCCCUUCAGAUUACAAUGUUUUGUCUUGUUUUCAUAUAAAAUUAGAAGAACAUUUCACCAUUUAAUUAUUUUGUUUUAUCUUAAUGUAGUUGUAGUACAAAAUGCAGCAGACAAAGAUAACUCAUCUUAAAGAUGAAAAUGCUGAAAGUAGAAGUCUGAUCUCUUCACCUGGGUACGACGUGUGGAAUGACUCAAUGAGAUUUGCAUCUUAAAGCGGUACAUUUUCUUGCUUCUAUGAUUCAGGCUUUUCCUCAAUACGUGAGAGGGCAGGGUGCAGACCCCUCAGACCACACCCCUAUUCCUGAAUCUCAUUGGGCCAUCUCAGUUAGCUGCAUUGCACCUCCUCUUUUUAACCUCUCCUCCAAGAGCUGCCAAUACAAAUAGGACUCGUCUGCCCUCUGUGUUGUUGGUUUGCUAUGUCUGCAGAUGAGCAGAUUGAAAGCGCUUCUCAGCUGUCUUAUUGUAGUUGAAGUUGGACAGAUGUUUCACUGGGAGCAACCUGACCUCUAGCAGUGUAAUUAUGUUCCAGUAAACAAAAUGAUUGGUCAGGCCAAAGGGCACCAGUUGCAUUUUCCUUGGUUUUUUUUUUUUCUUCUUCUUUUUUUUUUUUUUUUUUUUUUAGGUCAGCAGGUCUUUGUCAGUGGUCUCGGUCCAUAACUUGCCUGGUCAAAGGCUGAGAGAGUUUAAAUUGGGCUAUGGCUUGGCUAAUGCCACAUGCCACAAAAUGUCUGAAAAGAUUUUAGCACAUUUCACUGGAGGUACCCCCACCAGGGAAAAUGUACCUAGUCUGAAAAUAUUUCACUACAAAUACCUCUAAAUCCCUCCUCAUUUUUUAAAUGGGAAAAGGCAGAAAGCUACCUUUUAAAGAUGUUGCAUACACCGGCUCACAUCAUUUGAGCUCUCUGCUGGCUGCUGCACUUCCCUCCUCUCCCUUUUAACCAUGCCCCAACCCCCUGCCCACACUCUUUUCACAUGGUACUGAAUGAAGAACAUUAGUGAAAAGCAUUAGCAAACCCAAAGACUUACAGUAUUCUCACCAUUGCUGCAUAUUCCAAUGGCCACAGUUCAAAAUAGUUUUUGUUUUCUUUUUUUAGUGUUUUGUUUUUAUUAGAGACCUGCCUAUUGAGUCCAACUGCUUAAUAGUUAUGAAACAAAAAAUAUAUAUAAAUAUAUAUUCACAAAUGUUUUAAGCCUUUGAAGUGCCUACCAUUCGGAAAUGUGCUUGUUCCUGUCUGGGUUUGAAGAGCUAUGUACAACAGCUGGUACUUGAUAAGCACAGGUGACUGUAUGGUAACUUUUUUAGUCUUACAAAAAAGCUGACAGUAUUGUAUCUAUAAUUUGAAACACACUACUGAAUAAACAUUGUGGCCUAAUA